AUGACAAACAUUUCCACCACCGGCAACGGUGGCGCCGCCGCCGGAAAUACCGCGAAGCUCAGUUGCCGUUACCUAACGACCCAUUUCGUAAAACUUUGUUUAGUCCCAUUUGUUGCCUUCGCGCUCGUUGAAGCUUGGCGCCGGAUGGAAUACCUCGAGUUUCGUGACUUGUACCUCCACCUCCGGCGCCACCUCGCCAUCCUCUCCGCCGUCUCGGCCAUCGCCUACUUCACGACCCGGCCGCGACCCGUCUACCUCGUCGACUACGCGUGCUACCGCCCGCCAGACCAUCUUCGUGCCCCGUUCGCCAAGUUCAUGAAGCACUCGCGGCUCAACGGCUCGUUUUCCGAGCCGGCCCUCGAGUUCCAGAGCAGGAUCCUCGAGCGGGCCGGGCUCGGAGACGAGACAUACCUUCCGGAAGCACUCCACAGACUCCCGCCUGAGCCGUCGAUUGUUGCGGCCCGCGCUGAGGCAGAGAUGGUAAUGUUCGGUGUGCUCGACAACCUCUUCGGCUCGACUGGCGUCGAGCCUAAAGAAAUUGGGAUUCUCGUCGUCAAUUGCAGCCUCUUCAACCCGACUCCAUCAUUAUCGGCUAUGAUCGUGAAUAGAUACAAAUUCCAGUCAAAUGUGAAGAGCUUCAAUUUGGGUGGGAUGGGGUGUAGCGCCGGUGUUAUCGCCGUCGACCUGGCUAAGGACAUGCUCCGAGUCCACCGGAACACGUACGCAAUCGUCGUCAGCACCGAGAAUAUAACCGAGAAUUGGUAUUUUGGAAACAAGAAGUCGAUGUUGAUCCCGAAUUGCCUUUUCAGAAUGGGCGGGUCAGCUUUGCUCCUCUCGAAUCGGGGUUCCGAUAGGAGACGGUCCAAGUACAAGAUCAUGCACGUGGUUCGGACCCAUAAAGGAUCCGACAACACUGCCUUUCGGUGCGUGUACCAAGAACAAGACAACAGGGGCAAAACUGGUGUUUCGCUUUCCAAGGACCUCAUGUUUAUUGCAGGCACAACUUUGAAAACAAACAUAACGACGCUGGGCCCACUUGUGCUCCCGGUCAGCGAGCAGCUCCUAUUCUUCAUAACCCUAAUCGCACGAAAACUAAUCAACCCGAAAAUCAAGCCGUACAUACCGGAUUUCAAGUUAGCUUUCAACCACUUCUGCAUACACGCCGGUGGCCGAGCCGUGAUUGAUGAGCUGGAGGAGAAUCUAAAACUCGAGCCGGUCCACGUGGAGGCCUCGAGAAUGACUCUGCAUAGGUUCGGAAACAUUUCGUCGAGUUCGAUUUGGUACGAGUUGGCAUACAUUGAGGCCAAAAGGAGGGUCAAAAGAGGGGAUAAGGUGUGGCAGAUUGCAUUCGGAAGUGGGUUUAAGUGCAAUAGUGCCGUUUGGGCCGCGCUAAGGGACGUUGAGCCGUCGGCUCAUAACCCGUGGCUCGAUUGCAUGGAAAAGUAUCCCGUGGAGUUAAUUAGUAAUUAA